AUGUUCGAGUGCAUCGCCGGUGAGCACAACGAUUGGCGCAAGCACAUGACCGGGCUGAAGACUCUCAUGAGCGUCGUCCCGCCGCAAGAGCAUCGCCGGUCUGCGGAACAGGCCGGCUGGAUCCUCUCACGACACAUUCGUGUACCAUUUGGACUUUGGAACGGACUCGUGAACCUCGACACGCAUGCUACCGAACAAACCCUCUCCACGGAUGCAGUCGACGAUCUUCGCCUGGAAACAGACAUGCUUCACAUCUACGGCCGCGUACCAGAGAUACUUCAGCAUGGAGAAUCUGUCCGCCAAUUAGGCCGCAAGGCGAAAGCUGACGUUGUUGCGAACGUUCUUGAAGAGCUGGUAGCAGCCAGCGCCGUCCUGCACAAAGCUUUUGGGUACAUGUACUAUUGCGACUCGAUCUCUCCUUAUCGAACGGCACCCACCGACUGUUUCACGGGCUCUCUGACCAGAAUGCAGACCGAUCAGUCUGUUUUCCCCCACGCGCAUUCUUUUGAGGACACCUUCACCGCCAUGCAGCACGUCUACUACUGGAUGUGUCUCCUGGCGCUGCAGAUAAUGCACUUGGAUAUCAGAGCCGCUGUGGGCAAGAAGGCGUAUCCUUUCGAAUAUGACUUCUGCGGCCUGGGCAUCGACACACAGACACGAGUUGCAGACGACUGCGCGGACAAUCUGUGCAUGUCAUUGCCUUACAUGUCGCUACCCACUCAAGGAUUCAUCGGGUUGAUGUGCUGCGCGGCGCCAAUCGAAUUGGCUGCCAAAUGGUAUGCUAGAAAGGGAAACGUAUCCAAACUUAAAUGGUGCCGAGGAGCAGCGGAUGCUCUGAAAUCACGCGGAUUCAUAGAGAUACAUACUGGAUGA